AUGGUAUAUGGUCACACUGUCCUCACAACAUGCAUUUUGUUCCAGUACUUUGAUGUAGUAAGGUCAUGGCAGGCAGUUGUGGUAAAGCCCUCAGUGUUUGUCCGGUCGGGGUCGUCGACUGAGCUGACCUGCACGUAUAACACACACGCCUCAGAGGGCUUCACCCUGAAGUGGCGUUACGCAGCUCCAGGAACUCCUGCCGUCCAAGCCAAGAGGGUGAGAACUGCUGUAUUCAGAUUCAGUCACAAUAAACCACCAGAUCUGCCGACCUCAAUGUCCCGUUUGACACAGGUGCUGUACUUCAAUGGAAGGCUGUACUGGGUGAACUCUUGGGAGGGUAGGAUGGCUCUCGUGCAGAACCCUCCAGUGUCAGGCAUCGCUUCUGUCAGGAUCAUCAGUGCCGAAACAUCUGAUACUGGGAUGUAUAUAUGUGAGGUCACCAACCCGAACGACUGGUCUGGCAGUGGACAAGGUCUGAUCAACCUCACUGUGCUAGUUCCUCCGUCUGUGCCAGUAUGUCAGCUGCAGGGAAACCCCUACAUGGGGAAUGAUGUGACUCUGAGUUGUCAUUCCUCUCAGGGUCUCCCCACACCAAUCUAUUCAUGGCACAGAGAGCAGAACGCAGCCCCUCUGCCGCCAGACAGUUUUAUUGAAGGUAGGAAACAAUUAUUCUGGCACCUGAAAAUAGGGCGUAGAUGA